AUGGUUUUUGAGCUAGAAAUAAAGAAAUCAGAGAAUAUACCGAAACUCUACGAUGUUUUGUUUUCUUCAUUAAAAUGGAAAGUGGAAGAGGAUUUGGCUUCACAAAUGGCAGUUGAGUUCACAGCGCUAAGAAAUUCCGCUAUCAACUCAAAGUUGCCCAAGACCGCCUUGCUCGACAACUUAAAAAGCUACCAUGAUCAGUUGAUCCUCCUUGGCGGGAAAAUCAAGUUUACUCCAGAAGCCUGUCACGUCAAAUUCAAAUGGUUCUGCAGCUACACCGCUCGUGGAGAGGAUAAAUCAGACAGAGAACUUUGCGAUAUCGAAUGGGAAUUCGCAAACGUACUUUUCAACAUCGCCAUUCUUCAUUAUCUUCAAGGAAAGCGAAAAUCAAAGGACAACGAUCGUUCGGAAGCACUCAAGUUUUUCCGAGAAGCAGCUGGAAUAGUAGAAUACCUCAAAGAUCAUCAGACAAAAGGAAUGAAUCGACGGACGAAUGAUCUCCAGGAACACGCGUUAGAGUUGAUUUUCAACGCGUUUAUUGGAUUUGCUCAGAUUGAAGUGGCAAAGAAAGCUGCUGAAGAUGGAAAAAAGAACGAACUCGUUGCGAGAUUGUACGAAGGCGCAAAACGACAGUUCAACGACAGUGGAAUAAUGACGAGCGCCAAAGCGUUGAAGCAAUAUCUCAGCUCCCAUUACAAAUACUGCGAAGCGAUGGUCAACUAUCACAUGGCCUUACACGAAGAGGAUGAUCCACAGUGGCUUCGAGAGGCUGAAUUGCGACUUACUGUCGCGCGAGACAAUCUUGGAACACUUCUGAAAAACUAUCCAGAGCUCCACGAUGAGAACGAAAAAGUUGAGCUUGCUUACAAAAGAGUGAAUUCCGCACGAGCAGCAACUGGAGAACCACCAGAGUUUGAGAAGAAUAAUCUCGUUCAAGUCAAGCCAGAGCUGAUUGCCAAAGCCAUUGACUACAAUAAACGAUGCUUUUCCCAAAACUCAGAUGGUAUUUUCGACGUAGAUUCAACACGAGACCGACCAGAUCCGAUACAAGAAAACACUUCUUGCUGGAAAUCGCUGUGCUGCUGCUUUUCAAGAGUUGACGACGAGCCGAAGAAUUUCGAAACGCAAGCUGCGCAGAUUUAG